UCAUCAACCUCAUUUCGAAUCUCGAUGGUCAGACGAAUGGUUAACGAGGAAACUUGGGAUACGAUCAUCAUCAGUCGAUUCUUCUCUACUUGACGGCGACCAAAACGCACCCCGACGAAGGAACAGAUCACGCUGUACAUACCUCAGCUCAAAACUCGAAUCAAAACAUGAUCCAUGCCGUCUUAGUUUUUAAUAACGAUGGUAAACCACGGCUAUCGAAAUUCUAUUCCCAAUCGAGCUCAUCGCCAGCCUUGACCUCAAAGGAGAGAAGAACCAAGGAGGAAUGCUGUUUGAUCACCUCCUCUUCACCCUCGAAUCUCAAGUACGAGUUCCUCAAGACGAUCUAUAAUCUCACCAAUCAUCAUCAGAAUACCAAGUCAUCCAAUGCAUCAUCAUCAUCAUCAUCAUCCAAGACGAAUUUCAUCAAUCUAGACCAAUCCGUUCUCUCACUCCUCAAUAAGAAUUUCUUCCACCACCAGAAACACCUCCUUCCAAAUAACACGCGUCAUCCAUCUCCACCCAAUUUGGACUUCUUUCAACUCCAUCCAGAUUACUUAAACUUGGAACUCUGCUUGGUUUAUCGUAACUAUGCUACCCUGUUCUUUGUCUUCUUAAUCGAUCAAUCCGAGUCUCAAUUAGGUAUCUUGGAUCUCAUUCAAGUGUUUGUAGAAUCAUUAGACAAAUGUUUUAAGAAUGUAUGUGAAUUAGAUCUCAUCUUUAACUAUGAUAAGUUAGAUCUAUUGUUAAAUCAGAUCAUCCUGGGUGGGAUCGUCCUGGAUACUUUCAGUUGAAUCGAUCAUCUCUAACUUUCAAUCUCAACUUAAGAUCUUGAAACAAUCUUCCUCAGUCUCUUCUUUCUCAACUUCACUCUAAAUGUUCUUAUUUCAAUUUACAGAAGGAACAAGUCAACACUUUCCCACCUACAUAGAAUAGGUCUUUUCUAUUAUUGUUAUGGGUGAACCAGAGUAAAGGGACUUUUUUGGGG